UAGACCCGAGGGACACCGGUCUGGGUCGCCACCUUCAAAUCAGAAUGGAUCCAAAUUUACACACGAGCGCUAAUAAUCAUGUGGCGACCGAGACGCGGGUGGGAUAUUCAUAGGAUCCGGAACAGCCUCUUAAGGACCGGCUCUCGGUGUCAGCAGUCUAGACUGGAGAGAGCAUGGAUAUCUUCAGGAAUUCCCUGUUCACGCACCACUUCCCAACCAGGAAGUUGUAGGACAAUACGUACGGCGGCCGCUCUUUUUUUGAUGUUGUACACUUUUUAGUGUUAUUCUGUAAAGCAUAUAGAUUUUAUUUUUUUAAUGAAUGACUGUGAGAACAGCAGGCCAUGUGUUAACCUACAAGUUAACUCUACAGUUUUGACAUUUCAAAGUUUGACGUCUGUUUCGGGGAGUAUUUGUGUUAAUACGCGGUAAUCACGUUAAACAUGCUUUUGGAGCGGUUUGAUCCACCGAGGCCAGGUUUCUGAGAUUCCUUAUCAAGUUUCCGCGCUCUUCCCGUUCAAGAUGAGGUCGUCUUUGGCCCCUGGCAUACAAGUUAUCACGUCUUUCUCUCGAGACAGUUGGUAUAGAAGCUUCACCCUUUUGCUCACCUUCCUCUUCUACACUGCCUACCAUCUUUCGCGAAAGCCCAUCAGCAUCGUGAAGAGUCAGCUGCACCGAAAUUGUUCGACAGUCAUUCGACCGGUACAACUUAACGUGACUGACAAUGACACGUGGUGUGACUGGGCGCCUUUCGACCAGGACAACUACAAGACACUGUUUGGGGCCUUGGAUAACUCCUUCCUGGUGGCUUAUGCGAUUGGCAUGUUCUUCAGUGGGAUAUUCGGUGAGCGUCUGCCACUGCGGUACUACCUGAGCGUUGGUAUGAUCCUGAGCGGUCUGUUCACGUCUCUAUUUGGACUAGGUUAUUACUGGAACAUCCACUCAAUAUGGUACUAUGUCUUCGUUCAGGCCAUGAAUGGACUGGCUCAGACCACCGGCUGGCCUGCAGUGGUGGCCUGUGUGGGAAACUGGUUUGGAAAGGGGAAGCGUGGGUUCAUCAUGGGCAUCUGGAACUCCCACACCUCAGUGGGGAACAUUUUGGGCUCCCUCAUAGCGGGGGUCUUUGUCUCCACGUCCUGGGGAAUGUCUUUCAUCGUCCCGGGGCUCAUCAUCACCUCCACUGGGAUCCUGUGCUUCUUCUUCCUCGUUGAAAAACCCGAGGACGUAAAAUGUACCUCACCUCAGCACCAUGGGAGUCAGAACCCUGAGAGGGAACCUCUCUUGCAGAACUCCUGCAGCAGUGCAGGAGUCCUCGGCAGUCCUGCAGCUGUCCCCAGUCUACCUGCAGAGGAGUCCGAGGAGCCCACGGAGGCCAUCAGUUUUGUUGGAGCACUUUGUAUACCUGGCGUGGUGGAGUUCUCCCUCUGUUUGCUGUUUGCCAAGCUGGUCAGCUACACCUUUCUGUACUGGCUUCCCCUCUACAUCUCCAACGUUGCUCAUUUUGAAGCGAAGGAAGCCGGGGACAUGUCAACACUGUUUGAUGUAGGAGGAAUCGUGGGAGGCAUCGUGGCAGGGUUGGUGUCUGACUACUCAGGAGGCCGAGCCACCACCUGCUGCUUCAUGUUACUGGCUGCUGCCCCCAUGCUGUUCCUUUACAAUUCUAUUGGACAAAGGAACCUUGGAACUACAAUUGGCAUGCUGUUAGUGUGUGGAGCCCUUGUUAAUGGGCCAUAUGCCCUCAUCACUACUGCAGUAUCUGCUGACCUGGGAACACACGAGAGUCUGAGAGGGAACUCCAGAGCUUUGUCUACAGUCACAGCAAUUAUAGACGGCACCGGCUCAAUUGGAGCUGCCCUUGGUCCUCUGUUGGCAGGCCUGAUCUCUCCCACAGGCUGGAACAAUGUCUUCUAUAUGCUGAUUUCUGCCGAUGUCUUUGCCUGCUUUUUUUUGUCCAGGUUGGUUUAUAAGGAAGUGCAAGGCUGCUGUGGACACACGCCAAGAUUAAGAGGGGUCAAAUGAAUCUAAAACCCACACACUGAAGAGGGAAGUUUCUUUUUCAACAUUCGCCUAAGAUCAUAUAAGGUGAAAAUACAGACUUCUUGGAAACCCUGCCAUCACCAGGAGAUUCCAGAAGCUACACCGGGGAACAGCAUUUUAUUUAUAUAAUAGAACAAGGUGAAACAUAACAUCUCUAUUCUUUAUUUUGAACAGAAAUGAGAUUUUACUGACCAAUAAGAUUUUUACUAUCAGAUAAUCAUUUACCCAUACUUUUGUAAGUCUUAUUAUUCUGCUAUCAUUAAAUUGCAU